AUGUCGCCCCAACUGCAUGAAGCUGCAAGGCCUGAUCAGCCCGCCAUCUCAUCAAGACCCGCGUCCCCGGAACCAUCAUCAUCAACUUCCAGCGCCCACGAUUCAUCUUCAUCAACAUUCCCCACGCGAAGCGCGAAGAAUGACGCCCCUGAAAGCAGCAAGAAGCCAGCCGCUGCGAAGCCCAGAAUUAUUAAAACGCCUCCCACUUUGCGAAGAUGCCUCAUAGAGGCAAAUACAGCUGUCAUGACGGAAACGGUAGACUUCGAAAGCCUCUCGUAUCACGACCUCGAUGGAAGUAUACUAAGCCCGGCUCAUGUUCUCGACGCGCUAAAUUCGCCUUAUAUUCAUUACCACCUCUGGGUUGCUGUGAAGAUGUCGCUAGAUGACCACGAUAAACGCCAGAUGAAGGCGCCCGACAUGCAUGCGGCUGUUUUAGAGCGUCUAAUCGUUGAACUCGGAAAAUCAAUGAUGGAUAGAGCCCCAGGUCCACAUAUCACCUUUGUCGACCCGCGCUGGCACGGUAGUGCUCCCAUGAUGUUGAGGAAUGCCAUACGACUGAUUGAUAUGUUCGAGGAAAGCGGAUUUAGCAGGGACUCUAUCGUCGUCACUAUCCCUGCAACGGAAGAAGGAAUCUUGGCUUCGAAUCACCUCGAGCGCAAGUGCCAUAUUCUUACUAAUUUAGACCUUGUUGGAACGCUAUCCCACGCAGCGGCUUGUGCCCAGUCUGGAGCGAACCUUGUUUCAAUUGCGGUCGGCCCUCUAUUAGAUUGGUAUGAGGGGAGGCGGAAGGCCAAAUAUCAGGAUAUCAGAACGCAUCCCGGAAUUGAGCACAUUCAGGCCACUGCCGUGUAUUUCAAACUCCACAAACACACCACGAGACUGGUUGGCACAAGCUUUCGAACGCUGCAAGAGCUAGGCCCUCUCGGUUGCCUGGACGCUAUUGUAAUUUCAAAAGACAACGUUGAACAGUUGAAUGGGCGCCCGUUCCCACUCAUCCAGUCUGUCCCCAAAACGUCAACUGCGUAUACCUAUGCAGAAGAGGUACCUAAAGGUACAGCUUUCAAAGGAAAGAAAUCCGAGUUCAUUUCGUUUCUCUCUGAGAAUGACAGAAGCGCCAUCGCUGGGACAAUGCACACAACUCUGAGAAAACUAAAGAUAAAGAUGGAGGAGAUUGAUGAAGAGAUUCACAAAGAGCUGUCGAAGCAGCAUACAUUACGAUCUCCAGAGAAUGAACCCGAAGUGACUUGGUUGAAGGAAGAGAACCCUCAGUGCUCGAAGAGCACUGCCGAAUCUCCUGAAAAAUCUGACCGCACCAGUGACAAGGAGACCGAGAGCACCGAGGAAGACGAGGGACACGGCAAAGGAGAACAAGACCCAAGAAGACAGGAACCCCAAUAUUGA